AUUUUUAAAGAUGCAUGUAUAUUUAUGCGCGUUACUUAAUAAUGUGAACAUUUCCCAUACAGGGUACAUUGUAAUUUGAUGAAUCAUAUAUUCUAACAAAAUUAAAAUAAUUUUGAUUAUAAAUAUAUAUCUACUCAUGAUGAAUGUUAAGUAAAAAUUUUUAUUUUUUAUUUGAUUCAUAAUAGAAAUCAAGAAUAGAAGGUAGUACGUUGAUAUUUAUCAGUUGAUAUCUAUUCUCAUGUGCUUUUCAUGUGACCAGAUACAGAAUUAGUUAUUCAAGGUCAGAUGUGUACAAACCUCUAAGAACAUACUUAACUGGUCAUUUUUACUUGCAUUUGACUUGAAUCUUAUACCUUUUGUAUCUAAUUUUGAUAAUAUUUUAAUUUAAAUAUCAUCAUAUCCAUAUCUAUGUUUAAUAUUUGAUAUGAGUGAGUGAUUGUUUAUAAAAUAAAUGUUUAUACACAGUCAAAUUUUAUAGAAUGUCAUUUCCAAAUAAAGAAGAUCGCUUGAACUGUUGGAGUCAUAGAGAUGAAUAUUGGAAGUGCUUAGAUGAAGCAAAAUCAGAAACAGAUUGCAAUGAAUUUAGAAAAAAAUAUGAACAAUUUUGUCCUUCUCAAUGGGUGAAACACUUUGAUCGUAAAAGGGAAUAUCUAAAAUUUAAAGAGCGUUUGGAGCUAGAAGGAUAUGUUCCAGAAGAAAAAAAUCAAACAUCUCUUUAAUAAAACAAUUAUAACUUACAAAUGAAUGUAUCUAAGAGUAAUAAGCUUAUUAUUUAUUUAUUACAAUUUUCUUAGUUCAUAUAAAUAAUAAAUAGAUACUUACAAAA